AUGGAAAGUGAUCGCAGCGGUUUGGGACCGGGCAAUCAGCGUCAGGGCUCCCGGUCGAAGUCGGCACAACAGGAUGCGGCCGCGUCAAAACGAAGCACAGAGCGGCCCAGCCGGGACCGCCAAAUGGUUCCCUUCUUUGGCAACGGCGAAAUCGACAACACGGCGUGCGUCGCGCUGAAAAAGGGCACCGCAGGACAGACGCGGCGCAGCAGAAGGUCUCGCAUGCCCUCCGCCCAGGAUACACCGUUCUCGACGCCCAAUGGGCGCGAAGUGGGCAUCAGCGCACUGCCAAUAGGGCAGUCGCCCCUUGACACGACCCAAGGGCACCCGAUCAAUGUCGACCUGGCGCACCUGAAAAAUGUGGGCGUCAGCGUUUCAAGCAAUGCAACUAUAGUAGACCUUAGCGACAAAAUGUCCGACUACAAAACCGACGACAGAGAUUCCGAACAACUAGGCUCGACCUGCACCAUGUCCUCCUCCGUCGAGACCCUCUGUUGCCACGACUACGACGAGUCGUGCAACGAACUAGCGGACCCCUCCGGGCCCUAUGCCGACGCCGUCGGCACCCUCCCCCACUACGGACGCGCCGGCCGGUGCUGCGACGCGUCCCCAACGGUCCAAGAGAAGGCGAGGCAGCUUGUCAACAUGCUCUACACGAGCACGAAGAAGGAUGCCCACGCGCGCAAGAAUGUACCAUCUCCAGGAAAAUCCAAACCGAAGGCCGGCAAGGAGACGGGUUAUGUGCUUCCUAGGUACCUCUGCUCCCCCGACCCGUCGAGCAUCCCCCUGCCGGGACGAAGUUAG